GGAGGCGGAUGAAGGUAUCAGUUGCAUUCUCCACAGUGCAAAUAGCAAGUUCCCAGUCUGUAAUACUAAUCCAUAAUGAAGGUGAUCAUUCUCAUCGCCCUGUUGGGCUUUGCUGCCGCGGCUGUGAACCGCCACAUCAACGAAGAGCUCAACGAAGACUGGGAAGCUUACAAGACCAAGCACAACAAGAACUACGAAAAUGAUGCCGAAGAGCUUCUCCGUCGUUCGAUUUGGGAAAAGAAUCUGAAGAAGAUCGAGCAUCAUAACAUCCGCUUCAGCCUCGGAGAGGUCACUUACACUUUGGGCAUGAACAAAUACGGUGACCUGACUUCCAGCGAAUUCGUUCAGAUGAUGAACGGUCUCAAAAUGAGCGAGAAGAAGGGCAACCGUGUCACCUUCCUGCCUCCCCUGAACGCCCAGGUCCCCGCUGCCGUCGACUGGCGCACCAAGGGCUAUGUCACCGGUGUGAAGGAUCAGGGUCAGUGCGGUUCCUGCUGGGCUUUCUCUGCCACCGGUUCCUUGGAAGGACAAUGGUUCCACAAGACCGGCAAACUGAUUUCCCUCAGUGAACAGAACCUCGUUGACUGCUCUGGAGAUGAAGGUAAUGAAGGUUGCGAUGGUGGUCUGAUGGAUCAGGCUUUCACCUACAUCCAGAAGAAGGGUAUUGAAUCCGAGAAGGACUACCCCUACACCGCUGAAGAUGGUGACUGCAAGUACAAGCCAUCCAAGAAGGUCGCCUCAGACACCGGCUUUGUUGACAUUGACAGUGGCAAUGAAACCGCCUUGACCGCCGCCAUCGCCACCGUUGGACCCAUCUCCGUGGCCAUUGAUGCCUCGGCUGACUCCUUCCAGCUCUACCAGAGCGGAGUGUACAACGAGCCUGACUGCUCCAGCACUGAACUGGAUCACGGUGUCUUGGCUGUCGGUUACGACACUGAUGCCACUGGCGGAGACUACUACAUUGUCAAGAACUCUUGGGGCACUGACUGGGGCAUGAAGGGAUACAUCUGGAUGUCCCGCAACAAGAACAACCAGUGCGGUAUUGCCACCGCUUCCAGCUACCCCACCGUGGUAGAACUGCUUAAUUCGGAAACAUCACAUUUCUCUAAUCGCAGUGUUCUUGUUUGCUUCUUUGGUAGGGUAUAUAAGCUAGCCAAUUCUAUAGUUACAGCCUCCCAUAAAUCAUUUUUCUUUUCCAAACUUCAAUCGAGGCUCAAUCGGAUCACAAUGAAAUCUCUGCUCUUGGUUUUGUUGGGCGUAGCGAUCGCUGCUGCCGCAGUUGCUGAUGUCGAUGAUUUCGACUCACUCAACGAGGAUCUCGAUGCCGACUGGUCCGAUUGGAAGACUCAACAUGGCAAAGAGUACAAGAACACCCGGGAAGAGGUGAAACGCCGAGCCAUCUGGGAAUCAAAUCUGCGGACCAUUCAACACCACAAUCUGCAAGCCAGUCUUGGUAAACACACCUUCACGCUGGGCAUGAACAAGUUCGGCGACAUGCUGAACAGCGAAUUCGUCGAGAUGGUGAACGGAUACACCGCGGAAAAUAAGCAGAAAGGCCGUUUCACCUUUUUGGAGCCCAUGAACGCCGCCAUCCCUGAUUCCGUCGAUUGGCGCACUCAGGGCUAUGUCACCGAAGUCAAAGACCAGGGACAAUGCGGUUCCUGCUGGGCGUUCUCUUCCACCGGUUCCCUGGAAGGUCAGACAUUCCGCAAGACCGGCAAACUGCCGUCGCUGAGCGAACAGAAUCUGGUGGACUGCUCGCAAAAGCAAGGCAACGAAGGAUGCAACGGUGGUCUUAUGGAUCAAGCCUUCCAGUACAUUAAGGACAACGACGGCAUUGACUCGGAGGCAUCUUACCCAUAUGUCGCCAAAGAUCAGACGUGCAUGUACGACCCCAAGAACAAAGCCGCGGUUGACAGCGGCUUCGUUGACAUUCAAUCUGGAAACGAGACGGCUCUGCAAGUUGCGGUGGCCACCGUCGGCCCGGUCAGCAUUGCCAUUGAUGCAUCCAGCAUCCUCUUCCAGCUGUACAGCGGAGGCGUCUACGUGGAUCCAUUCUGCAAGAAUGGUUUGAGUGAUCUGGACCACGGAGUGUUGGCUGUGGGUUAUGGCACUGAUUCUGGAAAAGCCUUCUGGAUCGUCAAGAACAGCUGGGGAGCGACAUGGGGAGAAAAGGGAUAUAUCAGAAUGGCACGAAACAGGAAUAACCAAUGUGGUGUCGCCACGGCUGCCAGUUAUCCAGUUGUUUAAGCAAAUUCUGUGAAUUUGAAUCGCUCUGUUUAUUGCUUUAUUUUAAAGCUGUAUUAAAAACUAUGUCCCGGUUUUUGACUUCUUGUUCUUGAUAGUUCAGUAAGAAGUGUUAUCUGUUUUGCAAUCCAUCCACCUGUUGAUCGUACACUUGUUCACGAUUAACACGAAGGGGUAUUGUACCGUACUCAAUAAAAUAAAAGCAGGAAUCAACCG